AUGUCUGGCCGGGACGGGUACCGGAGCAUGUGGGAGUCGAUGUACGGCCAGUGCGACGCCAUCGUGUUCGUGGUAGAUAGCACUGACCAGAUGCGGUUCGCUGUGGUCAAGGACGAGUUGGACAUGAUGCUCCGGCACCCGGACGUGGCCGACCGACCGGACCUGCCCAUACUGUUCGUGGCUAACAAGACGGCAGCGCCGGAUGCGUGUGGCGCGUCCGCCAUGGCCGGAGCUCUCAAACUGCACGAGCACAUGGAACAGGACCGUCCGUGGCGGUUGGCCAGCACUGACGCUGUGGCCGUGCCGGGACAGCCGGCCGACGACGGGCUAAACGACGCCAUGGAGUGGCUGGCGGAAUUGGUCAAGUUCACCCGUCAGCGAUGA